CAUUCGAAAUGGCUGAACGGUUACGAAAUUUCAUACAUACUCAAAUAUAUUUGAAUAAUAUUAAGAAUCCUAUAGACUUGGAUUUCAUUUCACGCAAUUUGAAGAAAUAUUUGAACUACAUAUCGUAUAUACAAAAUAUAAUAUUUCAUACUUAUUACUAAGUAUUGUACGAAACCUUUUAUUGUUUCUAAAAGGGCUGUUUGACGAAACUAAGUUUGCAACAAGUCUUCAAAUUUUUUUUCCACUUGCAAGUUUUUGUAUUCAUGAAUAUCUAAAUUUGAUAAAUUGAAAUAUUUUUCUGUUAUUAUAAUAUUAAGAAAUGUGUAAUUGUCAUAAAUUGAUGGUAUUACUUUUUUUAUUAGUGUGGUAACGUUUAAAAUAACACGAAAAUGAUUUGGAAACGGAACGGUUCACUCCGAGAGCGUAUUGUUGAUAUUUAAAUUAUUGGCUUUUCGCUUAAAAGAUAUUUUUGGAAAUAUUUUCUUUAACAAGCAUUUAAAUUUAAAGUUAUUUUGUUAUAAAUCGUAUAGAUGCAAAAUAAAUGUACAUUGAACAUUGUAGGAAUUUGCGUUUAAAAUAUAUAAAAUACAACGGUCCAAAGAGAGUCCUACCAACGUAGUAAAACCAAUAUUACGUUUUUUUAUUUUUUAUUUUGGAAUGGAUUUAUAAAAAUUUUAAUAUUAAAGCAAAAUGCGGGUGCAAAGUAUUUACAUUUGGUUUAUUGUAUGGGCAAUACACAAAUUUUUGGCAAACGUUGUAAAUUCUUGCCCGGUUAGUUGUCAGUGCAAAACAGUUUCAGAUAAUAGCUCCAAUGUACGAGUUAAGUGCGGUGGUAUAACAGAGGCACCUAUCUCCAAUUGGCAAAACCUAGACUUUUCUGAAAUUGGACAACAUAUAAUUUCGCUUGACUUGAGCAAUAAUGCAUUUACAAGCAUUCAAAGUGAAGAGUUUAAUAUUUUAACACAGCUGAAACGGUUAGAUUUGUCUUCAAAUUUGCUGAGAAAAAUUGACAAGGAUACAUUUGGAGGAUCACUAUUUAAUUUGGAACGUUUAAAAUUAAGUAAAAAUGCUAUUAGACAUAUAUUUUCCGGUUCUUUUGAAUUUAUGCCUAAUUUGAAAUACCUCGAUAUUUCAAAUAAUCCUCUAGUAUGCAACUGUGAUUUAGUUUGGCUCUUAGCGUGGACUAUUGACCGCGUUGUAAAAAUGCAGCCUUCACCUAAGUGCGAAUCGCCUGUAUAUUUUAAAGAUUCAUUCUUGAAAAAACUGAAGGUUGGCGUAGAUUUGCAUUGCGAAUCACCUAUACAAACAUUUCUGGAACUAAUACCAUUGAGAAAUCAGAUUGUUUUCGAAGGAGAUGAACUAGUACUAAAAUGUCGAGCUCCCCGUGUUGCCAUAGAAAUAGCUCGAGAAUCAGAAGACAUUCCCGCAACACGAGCCCAUAUAUUUUGGGGUUGGUCUGAAAAGGUUCGUCACUCCAACUCCACUGAAGAUAUAAUUUACAAUGACCCAGAGAAAGUUUUCACCGAUGUUAAUAUCUCAACAAGGCACAUCUUUGACUCUGGUAUACUCAAUUCUAUUCUCAAAAUUGAACAAAUCUCUAAAAAUCAUUCUGGAAUGUGGGAUUGCACAUUAAAUUCACAACAGGCGAAUUUAUCUAAAGCAAUUACAGUAGUUGUAAUAGCAAAAGACACUACAUACUGUAAAGCCACAAUAGUUCGAACAAAUAAGGGAACUUAUCACUGGCCCCAAGCUAUACGUGGAGAAACUGUUAGUCAGGGGUGUGCCGAAAAUGACAAGCUCAUAGUCACAUACAAUUGUAAUACAAUAGGAGAAUGGGAAAACUUAGAAACAAGUUCUUGUCCUUUUGUAAGUGAAACUACAAGAAUUUUGGAGCACUUUGCAAAAAUGAAUUUUACAAAAAAUAAUGCAUUCGAAAUUGCUGAACGGUUACAGAAUUUCACAAAUACUCAAAUAUAUUUAAAUAAUAUUAAGGAUCCUAUGGAUUUGGAAUUCAUAGCACGCACUUUAAAGAAAUAUUUGAACUACAUAUCGUAUAAACAAGAUAUUUCAUACUUAUUACUAAGUAUGGUAUCAAACCUUUUAUUGUUGCCAAAAGAGCUGUUUGACGAAGCACAAACUAAGUUUACAACAAGUCUUAGUUUUUUGAAUAUAAUAGAAACAGCAUCAUCGUAUGUUCAGUCUUUACCACGCGCAGAUCAAGACAUCGCUUAUGACCCUUGGUCUAUUUCCAGAAAUAUUUUCGUGGACUUUUUCAACAUUCAUGUUGAUUCAUUUAGUGGUAUAUCGUGCACAUGGCUAAAUAGCAUAAAUAAUUUAGAACAUCGCAACUUUGAAUGUAGCACUUCUAAUGACACGUUUCCAAUGUUCGAGAGCUAUAUCGAUGCUGCUAUUCAGAUUCCUACAACUUCUUUGUUCGAUAAAUCUGACAAAUCUAUUAGAUUAAUUUUUGCACUUUUUCGCAAUGGUAAUCUGUUUGGCCUUAUGGACAAAAAUAGCAAUUUUCCAGAAGUAAAAAAUUUACUACUGACAUCUGCCGUUAUUGGAGCUAAAAUAUCAAAAAAAUCAAUCGAGUCAUUACCGUUAGUUGAUAUAAGUGAUAAAAUAUUCAUCAUGUUACGAGUACAUCCUUUUCAUAAUGAAAAAAGUUCGCCAAUACCGGCGUGGUGGGAUGAUGAUUUAAAUAAUUGGAACCCCCGGGAGUGUCGAAAGUUAUAUUUCCACCGUGGCCUAUUGUUGUUUACUUGUAGUCGGUUGGGUUACUACGGCAUUCUGCAACGCCGCGAAUACCUUAAUGACUAUGCAAUUGAAGGGUCAGGAGCUACUUUUAGAUUCGCUCCUGUAAGCGUAUAUAUAGGAAGCGUAGUUGUUUUCUUUUGUUCGUGGAUUAAUAUAACUACUUUUGUGAUUUUUCGCAAAGCAAUACGAAUGAAUCGUCAACAAAGGCAUUCAUUGGUGAAUAUAUGGCUGUCAGUUUCAUCUUUAUCAGCCGUGUUUGUACUUGGAAUAUACCAAACAGAAUAUCAUCAUAUUUGCCGGAUAGUUGGAAUUUUAUUACAUUACUUUUCUCUAUCUGUUUUGCUAUGGCUGUGCGUAUGUUUAAGCAAUUUGUACAAAGGUUUGUCCAAAACUUAUCGAGUAGCCUCUGAACCUGACGUGCCCAAGGAAGUAAAAUUUAAAAAACCUAUACUUAGUAUUUACUUAGUCGGCUGGGGAAUUGGAAUGAUAAUUUGUGGUAUAUCGAGCGCAGUUAAUGUCAACGAAUAUGCUUCCUACUCAUUUUGUUUUCUACAUAAUCCAUCGUCAUUGAACGCAUUAUUUGUUCCGGCAAUAAUACUCUUGAUUUUUCUUGCUACACUAAUGCUAUGUAUUUAUUGCCAUAUGUCUCAGAGAGCUGUAAAUGUGUUGUCAAAAAAACACUUUGCUGAUAAUACAAUGGCUACCGAAAAUAUUGAUUUGGACUGGCUGGACUUAAAGCAAAAUCCUGUGUCACGGGUUAAUCAUAAUUCCACAGGGGUCGAUCAGUACAGAAGCCUCACUCUUAGUAAUCCAGUGAGCAGUAUAGUCGAUGACUUCGAAAGAUCGAAUAUAACACAUUUGCGAGCUCAUUUACUAUUUCUGAUCCUAUUCAUUGUAUCCUGGAUAUCAGCAGCAAUGUUUGUUCACCAAAGUUUAGAAAAUUUAAAGCCUAAUGGAAUGUAUAGUAUGAUGUUUGCGGUAUCUUCCUGUUUGCUGGGACUAUUUUUAAUUCUAUUCUAUACAUUGUCUAGAAAUGAUACAAGAAGGGCUUGGGGACAAAGAUUUUGUUUAACGAAUGCCAAUUGUAAAAGCUAUCAACAGAAUUACUAUGAUGCAAAUGUGCCUUCCGCUAUACCAGCAAACAAAACGUCAGCAGUUUAUGAUGUAAGUAUGUCCGGUUCCCAAACAAAUAGCCAAUGCUCAAGACAUCGCAGUAGCAGUGUCCGCAGUAUGAAAAGCAACUCACAUAAAAACGAACACAUUUUACAAAAUCUCGAUUGUCCUUUACUCGGCACAGUCUCAUCAAACGUAAAUCAAACAUCUAUCACCAACAAUCACCAUAUGGCGGUAAACAGUCUAACCACUGUCCCCAUCACUAGCGAAAUACCAAGCGCUGAAAUAUUUUAUAAUCCCAAUCAAAUAAUAGUAGCGAGAAAGUUUUUUAAAAAACAAAAGCGCUUAGCGAAACGCAAUAAUUUUGAACUUCAACGGCAAGUAGAGCGCGUUGAAUAUUUGGACAAUGUUAGUGACAUCUCAUCUUUAACAGGAAGUGAAAAUGCUCACAUCUAUUCGAAACGACACAAUGCUAUUACCCUCUUAAGAGGUGGUAGCAAAGUGAAUAAUACAAACAUCUGUUAUAAACCGAAUGUCUAUACAAAUGAUGGCACUAAGUCGCCACACUAUACACCGAUAGAGAAUUAUCGAAAUGGAUUGGGUAUGUCUAGAAUGAAUUCCGAUUGUUCUGUACAAAAUCGCCCCUGUGCAUCUGAUUUUGUUGCAAACAUCUAUACUAAUAUACCUGAGACAAAAGAACCGAAACACGAAAUCAUAAAGGUUAGGAACUCCAAUCGAUCUAAUAAACGCAGUUGUGUUGAGACUCUAAGUGAGCGGGAAGAAGAAGUUGAAAAUGAAGAUGACUCUUUGGAUGAACAAAAAGUUCCGUUAUAUCAAAAUGCGUCGGCAGUUUCUUUUCCAGGAAAACCGGGAUUGCUUAAGCAUUCUAGCCCAUUAAAGGCUCCAUCACCAUUAAUGGAAAAUGAAGAUGUUGAUGCAAUGAAUAGUGUCGGUUUACCAAGUGUUACAAAUUAUGAAAUAAGUAAACAUUCAGAAACACUUGAUUUAAAGCCAGACGAAAUUUAUAUAUCAAACGCGUUACACAUUACGAACCAAGUUAAUAUUGACGAAUCCUCUACGGCGGGUAUUUUAAUUCGACACAACCCAAUACAUUCCAAGUCACUUAACAAUCUACAUGAUUCCGUUGAUUCUUCCAAUAGAUUUUUGAAAAACGAACAUUCAAAUCAUUCAUCGCUUUUUAGUUUAGAGAAUGGUAGAGUCGGAUCCUGGAAUGGCAGUUCCUUAAGUGUACCAUUUUUGGUUAGUGACAACCAAAAGACUCCUAAAUGCCGUAAACUAAAACAAGCCGAGUUUGCCGAUAAAUAUGAAUCUGCCAGCGAAAAUAAUGUCUUCAGCUUACCACAUGCAAAAACCGUUCAUUCGAUUAGUCCGACAAAUGAAAGUGAUUUGAAUUACCAAAAUUCUGAAAUUAGCAUACGAAGUCAUGGCUUAUAUGAACCACAGCCUGACAACGACUUAAACAUUACAUUAACCGAAGAGUUUCCCUAUCAGUCAUCAAACACUAGCGACACAGAAGAUCCGCUAAAUGACUUUGAAGAUGAAAACCCGAAAAGUGAUUAUACCUUGGAACACCGAAUGAGUGAAAAUGAUCCAUCAAUUGAUGAACUAUAUGAAGCUAUUAAACAUAAUCACACCAUUUCUACAAGCAUAGAUGGAAGCAACAAUUUAAAACAUAUGGAUACUGCUGCGGAGAUAGCAUCAAUGCCGAUUACGGCACCUUCAUCUCAAUCGAAAUCAACAAGCUUUUCGUCAUACAACGUGAUAGCUAAACCUCUUAUAGAAGCAUCUAUUGAUGCAGUUGAGGACGACAGUAGUCAAAGUAGUAUAAUUUCAUAUCUAGACCAAAAAGUUAAGAAAAGCUAGGAAUUAAAUCUCCAUGGCUGAAAACUUUUACGUUGGCUUGCCAAGGGUGUAAUGUUAAUGCCGAUCCGAAGUUAAGCUCUUCUAUUUACUCAAAUUUAUACUCAAGUUUAUAUCACAUAAUGUGUGUAUAUAACAUAUGUAUAUUUAUCGACAAGUAAUCUAACGAUUUCAAAUUUUGAGCUAAUUUACUGCGCUAUUAUGUUGGCAAAUAGCGCCUUUCUGAUUAAAAGAGUAUGAAUACAUGCGUUUGAUUGAAGCUUACUGUGAUGGAAUAUUUUACAAGUUACCGCAUGGGCUUGACUUUCUUAACAAUUCUAUAGAAAGAAACCAUGUUCAUCAUAAGUUUUAUUUAUAUAAAUUAUAUACCUAUGUACAAUUACAUCCACAUUUAAAAAUAUUUCUUUCUAGUUUUUAAGAUACUUUUUAUUUUGAUGUUGAAAUCAAAAUAGAGAACUGAAGGAAUACAAAGAAUAUUACAUAAGUUUUUCUAAGACAUAACAUACUUCGUGUCUAUACUUGAAACUAAAUAUACAUAUAUAAUUGACUAAAAAUAUAUAUAGCAGAUAAGGCUGUUUUGGCACUAAAGCGGUGGUAACUCAGUUAAGGGGCCUUUCAGCUUCUAUACUUCGUAACCAAAGAUGUAACAUAUAGAAUAAAUAAUAGUUAUUAAAUAAUGUUUUAUGUGAA